AUGCUUCUCCCUCCUCAGGUUGACUUCAUCAAGUCAGCCGUGUCGGCGACCCGAGACCCGGUGGCGGCAGCCUUGGUCUAUCAUGCGUUAUCCGCCCUGGACCUGGCCAUGGAGGUAGAUAGUGGAGACAUGCCUGGUUUGGACCGGCUCGUUGAGGCCAAGAAUAUCACACCUAUCGCUUUGUCGGGGGCUAUGGAGUACUUCGUGAGGAUGCACCUCGGCAGUGGAAGGCCUUGGUUGGAGAGCAUGCGGAAGGGCUUCAUCGCGGCACACCCGACGAGUCCGCUGAUGACUGCUGUGGCUGUAUACCUCCCACACUUGAUAGACAAGGGCGACCUGGAGCUUGUGAGAGCUCUGCAAGCCCUGGUCAUGCGAGCGAAACCGGGGUUUGCUAAGAGCCCGCCUACGCCGAAAACGAUAGUCACUGAGGUCCAGCACUGUGUGUCUCGGGUUCGCUAUGGCCAAGGGGGUCCGGCGGCGGCUACAGACUGUCGACGGGUGUGGAUCACUCGAGAGGCCGGCAUGGAGCUCUACACUGAUGGUGUGGCGUCUGUGACUAUGGGAUGA